AAAGACGGAAGGAGGAGGGGAUCCAGAACGGUCGCACCCAUCUUUGGAAAAAAUCGCGUUUUGAUUUUGAAGAUGGAAGCACAACGUCGAAACCAAACUAUAAAGCACAGAAAAGGAGAUGGACACAGACAUGGGCUAUUGAUUUGGAUAACUGAGUGAGCCAAAAAUAAAGAAUGUCAUCUAGAACUCUGAAUUGAUUUUUAAAAUCGUUUAAGCUAAUGUAGGUAUUAGAUGUACAAUUGAAUAAUGGUUGAUACAACUGCUCAUAGUGGUAUCAUCAAACCCUACGUUUUUUGCCAGUUUUCUUUUAAUUACUUAUUCUACUUUUAGAACAGUAUACCUUGGGAUCAGUCCAGGUAUACUGUACGGAAUCAUUGAUGGUUGAUAUAAUAUAUUCUUGUUUCUGUUUAAUGCUUGGAGGAGUGUAUCCAACUCAGUCAAUGUUGUAUUUUCAUUAUAUAUUGCAGAUGGAAGCACAAAGCUCUCAGCAUGCACAAGUUAUUGAAAUCAGUGGAGAUUUGCCUAAUGUAGGAAGGAAGGUUUGCGGUGAAGCACCAUGUGGGUUUGCAGAUGCUGGAUCCAUCUCUAAGGAUUCUGAAGAACGAUCAACUUCUAUGCGAAAGCUUCUCAUGGCAGUGGUCCUUUGUGUUGUUUUCAUGACCAUUGAAGUAGUUGGUGGCAUCAAAGCUAACAGUCUUGCAAUAUUGACUGAUGCAGCACAUUUACUUUCAGAUGUUGCAGCCUUUGCCAUCUCUUUAUUUUCUUUAUGGGCUGCUGGAUGGGAAGCUACUCCUCGCCAGUCUUAUGGAUUUUUUAGAAUUGAGAUUCUUGGUGCUUUGGUUUCUAUCCAAUUAAUAUGGUUGCUUGCUGGGAUUUUGGUAUAUGAAGCCAUCGAUAGAAUCAUUGCUGGUCCUAAAAGUGUCGAUGGUUUUCUUAUGUUUUUAGUUGCUGCAUUUGGUCUUGUGGUUAACAUCAUCAUGGCUUUGUUAUUGGGUCAUGAUCAUGGCCAUGGACAUGACGGUCACGGUCACGGACACGGUCAUGAUCAUGGUCAUGGCCACAUUCAUGGAAUUUCAGUGUCUACCCAUCAUGAUGCAAAGCAUGGAAAAGAUGAGCACCAUCACUCUCAUGAAGAUCAUACUCACCAUCAUGAUGAAAAGCAUCCAAAUGAUGCUCACCAUCUCUGUCAUGAAGAUCACUUGGACCAUCAUCCUCACAAAGAGCUUGCUGAACCACUCCUUGGUGAAUCAGAAGACGGAUCUAAGAAGAAGAAGCAAUGGAACAUAAAUGUACAGGGGGCUUAUCUACAUGUACUUGGGGACUCUAUCCAGAGUGUUGGCGUAAUGAUCGGGGGAGCAAUGAUAUGGUAUAACCCUCGUUGGCAAAUAGUUGAUUUAAUUUGCACACUAAUAUUUUCAGUAAUUGUUCUGGGGACAACUAUCAAUAUGCUGCGAAACAUUUUGGAAGUCCUGAUGGAGAGCACACCACGUGAGAUAGAUGCUACUCAGCUUGAACAGGGCCUGUUGAAUAUGGAAGAUGUAGUGGCUGUUCAUGAGCUGCACAUCUGGGCCAUCACGGUGGGAAAGAUUUUGCUAGCGUGUCAUGUUAAAAUCAGACGUGAAGCUGAUGCUGAUGUUGUGCUGGACAAGGUUAUAGACUAUAUCAAAAGGGUUUAUAACAUCAGUCAUGUAACUAUACAGAUAGAGCGCUAGUUACUUUUUCCGAAUAUUUUUGUGCUAGUGAUGAUUAGAUGGGAAGGAUUUAGUUGGACUUGAGGCAUUAUGUUUCUGGAACUCUUUCUCUAUGAUAAUAAUACUUUCAUAUAUUCAUCUUUCUAGCAGUUUCU